CCUCCACAUCUGACCUCACUUCACCACAUCAGCCAUCUGCGCGCCCGCGACGCCUGUUCCUCAUACCCGGCGGCGACUCGAUGGCGCCGGAACGACGACACACGGCGCGUUAGCUUCCCGGCCAACAAGGCAUCGAGGCUACCGACGCCCGCGGGUUGUCGCCGAGAGCUUCGCCGCCGCCGCCGCCGCCGCCGCGCCUGGCUCAGGACUGCAGCGCAUGACCAGGCCGACCAUGAGAGCCGUCGCGAGCAUCGCGACAUACAGCCGCCCAUGAUGCCGUCCUUUGACCAGCUCACCGACGCGUCCCCCAAGAAGGGCAAGAUCAUCAAGUCAGCCUACGACAGCGAGAGCUUCGACUCCGACGGCACCAUCCACGUCGAGGGGCUCGUCGGCUCAGCCACCAUCUCGCCGUCAGGUCGAGAUAUCGCCCUCGCCUCCCCCGAGGGCUUGGCCAUCAUUGACCUGGACUCUCCGUACAACCCGCCGCGCCGCCUCCGCAGCCAUGGCAUGCCCUGGCUGGUCUGCGAUGUGCAGUGGUCUCCAUUUGCCAUGCGCGACUACUGGGUCGUCUCCACGGCCAACCACCGCGCGCUUGUCUGGAACCUCAACCUGAGGGAGGACUCCAACUCGGGCGCCAUCGAGCACUCCCUCCAGGGGCACAGCAGGGCCAUUACUGACGUCAACUUCUCCGCUCACCACCCGGACCUGCUGGCGACGUGCUCCGUCGAUGGUUAUGUUCACUGGUGGGAUCUGCGUCGCCCCAGGCAGCCAGUUCUCACCUUUUGCGACUGGUUCGCCGGCGCGACGCAAGUCAAGUUCAACCGCCAGGACCCCCACAUCCUGGCCUCUGCUCACGAUCGCUGGCUCCACGUCUGGGACGAGCGACGGGCCUGCGAGCCCCUCAAGUCCAUCAGCGCGCACACGUCCAAGAUCUACGGCAUAGACUGGAAUCGCACCCGGCCCACCGGCAUCGUCACCUGCUCGCUCGACAAGAGCAUUAGGUUCUGGGACUAUGGCAAGGACGACGACAUGCUGGAGCACGUCAUUCACACUGACUUCCCCGUGUGGAGAGCUCGCCACACGCCCUUUGGCUGGGGCCUUUUGGCCAUGCCGCAAAACGAGCCCGGCGAUCUCUACCUAUAUGACCGGCUGUGGAGUGAGGACUCGCCCUUAGAGGCCACGCCGAAGCCUGUGGCCGUUUUCCCCGGCCACGGCGACCACAAGGCAAAGGAGUUCUUAUGGAGAACGCGCGGGGGCAUAUCCGACGACAACGUCGACCACCGCGAAUUCCAGCUGGUGUCAUGGGGCACGGACAACGAGCUCCGACUUCACUGCGUCGACCACAACUUGCUGUCUUCGGUUGGUCAUGUCAAAGACGGCCCGGCGCGGAAGGGAUUGAGCCUGACCCGACAGGGUGCUGCAUACAAGACGUUCCGUACGGUUGACGACAGCUCAAACCGAGAGCGGAGAGCGGGAACCAUGAAGGGAAGCAGAAGUGGCACCAGCACCCCACACCACAAGCAAAGCGCUCUGACGCUCGGGAUGCGCUCCGGCGGUCCCCUGAACCGCCAAAUGAAGCCAAGCUGGCGAGGCCCGUCCAUGAAGGCCAAAGUUGGCACGAACAAGGGCGUCGAUAGGAGUCAAGCGCAGCUUGGCUGGAUGAAGGGCAUCACCAUGACAAAACGUAAGCCCUCCACGGACGGAUCGAGGCGGCAUGCGUCCAAAGAUGCGAGCAUGGUAGGGCACAGCUAUCCAGACGAUGAGUGGGGCCAACCCGAUACGAUACAAGAGGAACUAUUACGCGUGAGCACGCAGAUCCCAAAGGUCAAGUGGGAGAACAUCGACAUGGACAACCUGACGCUCAACGCAUCCCUCACCGGGCCAUGGGGUGUCGACGGGGAGCCCAUAUUCAUCAAAGUCAAGAUCGACAUUCCCGGCGACUACCCCAAGGUGAGGGCACCAAAGUUCCUGAUCGAGAAGACCUCCUUCAUGGCGGAGGAAACGCACAAGAGGAUCACGCGAGAAAUGCACCAACUGGCAGAGCAGUUCCUGCAAAGAAAACAGAACUGCCUUGAAGUUGCUUUUACGUAUCUUCUCGGGGAAGUCGACCUGGAAUCCAGCACUACCUUCUUCAAGAACGUGCGAGAUCUGGACGACGAUCUGGACGGCCUCAGUGACGAGAGCUCAAGCGAAGAGGACGAAGAUAUUCCGGCGGGCGGCUCCGCUUCCAUGUCCCAGGAACUCGUGCCUCACAGUGAGAUUGAUACGAUACUGGCGCCGCCGAGCCGGAACAUCAUCCCACCGUCGCCACGAACGUGCGGUGCUCGCUUCUCCAACGACGGACGACUCGUUAGCUUCUUCCCGUCAAAGGAAGAAAAGGCUAGAGCCCUGUUCUCGACGUCUGCCGAGCUGUACAGCAAGGAGCGCGCCAAAGGAGAGCCCUUUUUUGCAGGCUUCGGACGUCUCACCUACGACCCGCCGUCGCGUCAGAAAUACGCGACAGAUGAAGCGUCUGCCACAGACGAACUGUCAGACUCGACGGAUUCGGAUGUCUCUUCGUCGUCGUCAAGUGACUCCGAGUCAACAUCGAUACAUAAGAUGAGCCUGUGGUAUAGGCCCAGCGGCAGCAAGACGUGGAGCGUGGACCGCUCGGUCAGGUCCAGCGGUGGCGGCACGGGAGCUGGCACUGGUACAGGCACGGGCACCAGCCGCCGUCGGUUCGGGAGGCCUAGAAACCUCGUAACCAUCCACGAUCUGCAGGCCGAGCUUCCCUCCAAGAGAGAGUUCGCGGAGGAGUACGCCAUAUUUGGCGACGGAGCAGCCGUGUGCGACCACAACGCGAGCGUUGCCGAGAAAUACGGGUAUGACGAUCUUGUUGACGUCUGGCGAUACCUUGCGCUGUUGCUCAAGAAGGGGAUACCUCUAGAGGUGCUGAGUCGCGACCAGCGAAAAGCGUCCAUUCUCGUUAUAGCGAGAGAUGUUGUACGUGAGCACGACAACCUGGUUAGGGAUGUGGUUGGAGGCGACCGCGACCUGCUUGGGCGUGUAAAAUGGGGUCAGCACCCGUUGGCGAAGGAGUUCAUCGCGGAUCUCUUUGACCACUUCGAGAAGCUCGCGGACGUGCAGAUGCUGGCGAUGCUGUCGUGCAUCUUUAGCGAACCUUCGAGCGACGACGGGGUCGCCUACAUCGAGUCUCGCCUACCAGUGGAGGAAACACCACUGACACUUAAAGCGCCAUCCUUCUCGCUCGACUACUUCCCCACGGACGCAUCUGCGUGGGGUCUGUACCGAGGGAGCUACAGCAACUCAGCCGCAACGACGCCCGGGGCACUGCACACGCCCCUCCACUACGCUGGAUCGCAGGCAUCCGACGAGAUCAACUGGGGUGUCGAAGGGCCAAACGGGUCCUACUCGUGUGGCGAGACGCCCCCAGCUAAAAAGUCUUUCCUCGGAGAACAAGACCAGCCAUCACCAAUUUCGAGAUCACCAACCAACCGCGGUCUUUUACGUGGCAACACGGGACUGGCAUCUGCCUUCGCCGCGGGCUUGCCGCGGUCUUUCACCGGCGGGAGCUCGUCGUCGCCUCCCAACCAGCCCAAAAAGAAGCCUAGCCCGGCGGAAUACAUCCUGAACAGCCUCGCUCCCAGCACCGGAAACACAACGCAAGGCAGCGGGUCCGCCAUGGCGGACUCGGCGGGCGCACGGACUUCGGUAUCCGAUGACGACUACCGCAAGGAUGACAUGCUGGCCCUGGUUCCGAUCAAUGUGUCGGUGAUACUUGAGGACCAAUCCAUGUUUGACGAUGAUGGGUGGCUCUCGACGCCACUGUUGGACGUGAACAAGGCCAACACGUUUGCCAACUACCGGUAUGCGUAUGCUGAGAUGCUUCAGAUGUGGGGCCAGCCGCUGGCGCGGCUCGAGAUCAUGAAGUUCAACGUCCUCAAGGAGCAUCCAGCGGCUGGGGCAGUCGACGGCAGUUUUCAUGAAUCGACGACCUUGCACGAGAGCGCAAGCGGGACGGGGGGGCAUCACAAGACGGGCUCGUCGCCUAUUGUCAUGGGGAAGAAGGACCAGCUGCUGACGCUGCUCGCGUCUGGACGAGGGCUCGACGUUACAGGCAUCUGCAGGGUCCACGAGACACAGCUGGAGCCGGCACGGUACACGUCAUCGGUGCCAAAGAUUGGCGGCGCCGUGGGCACGUGCGACCGGUGUCAUCGGACGCAGACGCAGCUGCAGUGCGUGUACUGCCUGGAGCCGGUGGACGCGCUGUUCCCGGCUUGCCUGUCGUGCGGCUGCGCCAGCCACGAGUCGUGCUUGGCCGAGUGGCACGCCGCGGGCGAGACGAUGUGCCCGGCGGGCGACGAGUGCCCGUGCGUCGAAGAGGCCUCGAGCGGGCACGUCGAGUCGUGGGCGGCGCUGCAGGGCGCGAUGCUCAAGGGGAUGGGCAAGGCCCCGGCGCUAUCGAUGCUGCCGGCGGCGGCCAUAGGGCUCAGCGACGACGAGGACGACGAUCGAGGCAAGCCGGGAGGGUGGGAGCGCGUGGAGAAGAACGUGCCAAGCAGGAUGCAGGGGGUGGGCACGGGGGCGCUGUCCCCGGCGACGCUCAGCUUCGGCAGGCUGAAGAAGUCUGCAGGGACGUGGUCGCGGGCGUCGAGCGUGCGGAAGGCGGCGACGACAACGACGAGCAAGAGGGGCGGCGGGUGAGUGGAGGAGUAAUACGAGUGAGAAGUGGAGGUGGGCGACUGUGCCUACAAGUGUAUAAUGUCUUGUACGUGUGAUUGUGGACGGAGUCUUGCGGGUUUCCAUGUUGUGGUUUAUACAUCAUUUAUAUACCUAUGUAGUGAGUGGGUGGGUGGAUGGCAUGGGGGCAUCAAUGCCCUGUAUACCAGCGCGUAAGGAUAAUGGUAAAGCUCCCCUCGGGUCUCAAAUACAAGAUGAUGGAG